AUGCAUGACAAAAGUUUAUUGAACUGCAACCCAAAUGAAAUCAUUGAUUCUAAUUGCCACAACACAAAUAUUGUGAGUAUUAGUAGUGUCACUGUAAAUAACGAUAACUCUGUUCUUGAUAAUACAAAGAACCCUAAUAACAUAAAUGGAGUUUCUUGUCUAAUAAACGAACCUUCAGUCAAAGAAACCAAAUGUGCGACAAAAGCAUCACACACUAUAUUAUCGACAACAGCGGACUUAAAUUUGAAACACACACAGAGUAAUUUGACUGCCAGUGACAAAAACGAAAGUAUAGAAAAUUCUACUAAAAAGAUUGGUUCAAUUAACGAUCUGGACGGUACUGCUUCUCCUUCUAGUGACAUUCAGUGGCCUAUCAAGUUGUCUCAAUCUGCUCCAUAUUCACACGAUUUAGAAAGAAAUUCAAAUGUUUUGUAUAAACAUACCGCUGAUGGAUCAAAUCAAAAAUGUUCACCAAAUGAAACUGGUUUGGCAAUAAUAAAAAAGAGUACUUUAAUCCAGCUAAACCAACAGUUCCAAAAUGAAUAUAAUUUCAUUGCAAAAGAUAACCUUUCACCUACCAUUCAAUCUGGAUCUGAAACCAUUGGUGAAAAAACUCAAAUUCAAUUCAGAGCAGAUAACAGUUUUGAAAGUAUUUCUAGAACAGAACCAACUGACCAUCAAGAAAUGUAUAGAAAUACUAUAAUACCGAGUCAUCAGCCUGAAUGUACAAAUUCUAAAAAAUCAAAAAGAAUUCAAUGUUCACCAAUUGUGUGA